AUGGCUGAGGCUGUCCUUACUGAUGUUGCUAAGGAAAUACUAAGCAAGCUGAUACCACUUGUUACUGAGCAGAUCGGCCUUUUCUGGGGUUUCAAUGAUGAGCUGACACGGCUUCGUGAGUCAGUAGAGUUGAUUCAAUCUGUGCUGGCUGAUGCAGAGAGAAGGCAAGCAAGAGAAGAGGCCGUGAGGCUUUGGCUGCGGAGGCUUAAAGACCUUGCUUAUGAUGCUGAUGACGUGCUGGAUGAGCUUGCGUACGAGAUUCUCCGGCGAAAGGUAGAGAUCCGAAAUCAAAUGAAGAGAAAGGUAUGCUUCUUCUUUUCAUUUUCAAACCCCAUUGCAUUUCGUAUCAAGAUGGGCAACAAAGUUAAGACUAUUAGUGAAUCGCUAAAAAAGAUUAAUGAAGAUGCAAAUGGAUUCGGACUUACUAGAGCAAAACUAGUAAAUGCAAAGCCUGAGAUAAUCCCAAAUCGAGAGACAGACUCCUCUGUUGAUAAUUCGGAAAUUGUAGGAAGGGAAGAUCAAGUCUUAGAAAUCGUAGACUUGCUCCUUAGUGCAACCAAUCAACAACUCUCAGUCAUUCCUAUUGUAGGAAUGGCAGGUUUGGGAAAAACAACUAUAGCAAAACUAGUGUACAAUCAUGAGUUAGUAAAGAGACAUUUUGAUAAGACAAUAUGGGUAUGUAUCUCUGAUGAUUUCAAUGAUAAAAGGAUUUUAAGAGAGGCUUUAGAAUCCCUUACCCAUAACUCAAGCACAUUAGAAAAUAAGAAUACAAUAUUAGAAUGCCUUAAAAAGGAGUUGCAAGGCAAAAGAUAUCUUCUAAUUCUUGAUGAUGUAUGGAAUGAAGAAUCUGUGAAAUGGGAUUCUUUAAGGAGUUGCCUAUUAGGAAUUACUCCGAAUGCGGGAAAUAGCAUUAUUUUAACAACUCGUAGUGAUAAAGUGGCCAAAAUCACAAUGACACUUCCACAAAAUAACUUGAAAAAACUAUCAGAAGAUGAAUGCUGGUCCAUAAUUAAGAAAAAAGUAGCUCUUAAUGAAAGAGUUCCACAAACUCAUGAUUUAGAGGCUAUUGGAAGGGAUAUUGCCAAAAAAUGUGGAGGGGUCCCAUUAGCUGCAAAAGUCAUAGGAGGGACGAUGUCUCAUAAAAGGGAAAAAAGUGAAUGGUUAGCAAUUCAAAACAAUGAAAUUUGGAAUUCGCUAAAUGAUAGUAAUGAAAUGUUGCCAAUAUUAAAAUUAAGCUUUGAUCAUCUUUCACCACCAUCUCUUAAACAAUGUUUUGCAUAUUGUUCAAUUUUCCCUAAAGAUUAUAGGAUUAAUAAGGAAGAAUUAAUUCAGCUUUGGAUGGCUGAAGGGUUCCUUCAAUCAUCUCUAGGAGGUUGUCAAGUGAUGGAGGAUAUUGGUAAUAGGUGUUUUGAUAUCUUAUUGGCAAAUUCCUUAUUCCAAGAUGAGGAAAAGGAUGAAUAUGAUAAUAUUUUCAUAUGUAAGAUGCAUGAUUUGGUACAUGAUCUAGCUCUCUCAGUAUCAAAAUCAGAGACCCUAAUUUUAAAUGAGGAUUUGGGAGAUGAUAUCAGCCUUGUACGACGUUUGGUGAUCCAACCUAAAGGCAAAACUAUACCAAGAAUUCCAUUUUUAAAAGAUGGUGUCUGGAAAUUGCGCACAUUUAUUUUAGAAAAUGCUGCACUUGGCAACACAAUAUUCAAUUUUGAAUGCUUGCGUGUUUUAAAAUUAUAUGGAAACAGUAUAAAAGAAUUGCCAAGUUCAAUUGGCCUAUUAAUACAUUUGAGACUUCUCUGCAUCUCAAGUACCUACAUCAAAGUGUUACCAAAGGCCAUCACCAAGCUCUACAAUUUGCAAACUUUAAGAGUUGAAGGUUGUAAUAAUCUCAAAGAGUUUCCAGAAGAUCUAAAAAAUUUGAUUAAUUUGAGACAUAUUUAUUUUGAUGAUUAUGAAAUUGGGCGAACACCUCAAGGCUUAGGGCAGUUGACUUGUCUGCAAACUUUGCAAUGUUUCAUUGUGGGUCAAAGCACAGGUUUUCAGAUCGAAGAAUUGGGACGCUUAAAUCAACUAAAAGGAGAAUUACACAUUCGUAGGCUAGAGCAUGUGAAAGAUAAAGAAGCCUCCAAAAACGCCAAAUUAGUAGAAAAGGCCAAAGUAUACGAGUUGGGAUUUUACUGGAGUGAGAAUAGAGAAGGCAACCACAAUAAUGAUGAAGAGGUGUUGGAAGGACUCCAACCUCACCGAUAUUUGAAGAGCUUAACAAUUGAAGGUUUUGGAGGGGAGAAAUUCCCAUCAUGGAUGUUGACAAGUCAUGAUGCAAGGGAUGGCUUUUUGCUAUAUGACAAUUUGAUUAAUAUCAAUUUAACUAAUUGCAAGAAAUGUGAGGUUCUUCCCACUCUCGGGCUUCUACCUUGUCUUAGGGAUCUUUUUAUAUAUGGUAUGGAUAAUGUAAGAUCUAUAGGAACCGAGUUUUACGGCAACUAUAAUGAUGGUGGUUACGACAAAAUAUUGUUCCCGUGUUUGAAAAGUCUUCAAUUGUGGUGCAUGCCAAAUCUAGUUGAAUGGACGGAUGCGAUGGAGCCAACAACAACGGUAACGGUGUUUCCUUGCCUUAAGAAUUUGACCAUUCGUUUCUGUGCGCAACUGAAAAGUGCUCCAUGUCAUUUUCCUUCUCUUGAGAAAUUAGAAAUUUCCCAAUCCAAUAGCACGACAUUUGAAAAAAUUAGCAGCAAGCUUACCACACUAACGUCUCUCGAUAUUCGGCGAAUUUCAGAACUUGCUUCUUUGCCAGAGCAGUUAUUGAAAAAUAAUUCAAGUCUUAUGUCUUUGGAGAUAUGGAGUUGUGAUGAUUUGGUAUCCCUAUCACCACAUGGGGAUGUAUGGGGCUUCUACACUUCUCUUCGGUCACUGGAAAUAUCAGACUGUGAGAAAUUGAGUUAUUUGCCCGAUGGACUGCACACCCUUCGUUCCCUUGAGAAUUUCGAGGUAAGAAAUUGUCCUAAUCUGAGGUCCUUUCCAAGUAUAAAAGGUGUGGCGUUACUUCUUCGAACCCUAGCGAUAUCGUGUAGUGAUGAAGUUCUACCAAUCGGUCUCCAAUCAUGUAUAUCGCUAUCGUCAUUGGAGAUAGAUGAGUGUCCUAAUCUGAUAUCAAUUCCAAAUCUACAGGAUUUGCAUUCACUUUCCUCUUUAACAAUUACAUCUUGUAAAAGAUUGAUGGGUUUGCCAGAUGGGUUAGACUGCCUCACCCGCUUGAAGGUUUUGAAAAUUGGUGGGUUUUGUGAGGAGUGGGAUGCUUUCCCUAGUCUCAGUUCCAUCCAACACGCAUCCCUUGAAAAACUAGAAUUGAAUGGAUGGGCUAAACUCAACUCUCUCCCAGAAGAUAUUCAACGAUUUACUGCCCUAACACACCUCUGGAUAGAGAAUUUUGACCAGAUGGAAGCUUUGCCUGAGUGGUUGGGCAACCUUUCUUCUGUUCGACAGUUGUAUCUUGGGGAAUGCAUGAACCUGAUGUAUCUGCCAACAGCGGGAGCCAUGCAACACCUCACCCAAUUAAAUAUUAAUGAUUGCCCCAAAUUAAAGGAAAGAUGUGUGAAGGGAAGCGGCGCAGAGUGGCUCAAAAUUGCCCAUAUUCCAAAUAUCAAGAUCGACUGGGAACGGAUUAAAGGGGAAAAAAAGAAAGAGAAAGGAAAGUUCUCUUCAAGAGCUGCAAAUGAUCAAAAUCCAAGGGCCGCUCACCAAAUUAGAGAAGUUGAAGAUGUUUUUGGUCAAAAGUGGUUGGGAAACCUUUUCUCUCUUCAACAUUUGGUACUUAUUUGGAUGCAAGUGGAUGCCAUGUAUUGGCUCACCAAUUUGCAACACCUAUUCAUUCAUAACUGCCUCAAGUUAAAUGAUAGAAGUGCUGAGAGUAUCAGCCAAUUCUGGUCCAAUGACAGGGAAUGGAUUAAAGAGGAAGCUGUUUGA